CGAAUAUGUUGUGUAAUAUCAAAGCUUGUUUAAUUGCGCAGUUUGAAGCAGAUCAUCUACACCUAUUCGAUCGAUACUAUUGAAUAUCGUGCUCAAGGGAGAAGUAUUUUGCUAACGGCGACUAAAUUAUUAACUACAAAGUUCACAUGUAUCAAAAAAGUAAACCAUGGGCACUGUUCAGAAAUACAGAUAAAAGCGAGUAUUGCGCAUUAUUCAUGGCAGUUAUUUUCGCUACAAUAGUUGGAGCCUUACUACCCGUUCAUUCUCUUAUACUGAGGGGUGUAGUCAAUGACUUCACCGAGGAAAUUUUUCUCAAAGAAAGCAUCUAUGUAUAUUCUAAAUGCAUUCGGUCAAGAUUUCUUGAUCAAUUUGUUCACAAUCAGGCAAAUUAACCGAAUUCGUUCGCUGUAUUUCAGAGUAAUGUACAUUUUCCAGUCUUUUCAAAUUAUAAAUAUUUCGGAAUAAUUUUCUCACCGAACUUUAUUGUUCAUGUCAGCUGAUAUCAACUAAAUACUUAGUAUCUAGGUUGACGUUUACUUUGAAAUCAACGAAUGGUUAUUUUUUCAAGCGAAUUCAUAAGGGUUUUUAUCUCAGAGAUUUCUAUGUGCUAGUAUAUAAUUGAAAACUCUACCGUUAGUCAAGUUGUAACUUUGUUUAAAAUCCAUCUACUAGCUUCAACCGUUGUCAAGUUCACUCAAUACAUUUGAGAAUGGAAUAAACUGCUGAGAGCAAAUAUCGAGAUAUAUAAUUGGUUUGUGUAACCACAUGUCUGUCUUAAUUCACCUACAUAGUUUACUUGGAAAGAAAGAAAGUUCUACUUACAAUGAAUGAAAGUGAAUGCUUAAUAAAUGAACAUGGUCUAUUAUCGUAAAAAUAUUUCACAACACGUUUGUUUUUGUAACAGAUAUUUAAUCUAUCUUGUUAUUUACAUCAGUGCUAGCAGUAAGUCGACUAUGUUUUUUAUUUACGUUUUCUGGAGCAUUAUGUUACAGGAAUCAUUGUUUAUAUAAAACAUGUUAGUAUUAGAUGACGUAUUAAUAAGCAAGAAUGAUAGUCUGGAUGAAAACCAACUAAAAUAGUGUCUCGCAUUCCAAAUGCAACUCAAAAUGAAUUCAUUUUACAUGCUAAUGUCUAUGAGAUCUAAGAGAGUAUGUUUAUUUAACUGCUUCUUGAAAGUUGGUUUUAUUUUUUAAACUACACUGAAUGAGCAACUGUAAUAACAACAAAUGUUUUCUAGCGCAUUCGAAUACAGAGUUGGUAUUGUACAAGGAAUAACUAAGUAAUACUACAUAUAGUUCUGAAAUUCAUAAUCGUUUAGACAAAAUUUAGUGUUCAGUAAAUUGACUGUCAAGAGGACAGAGUGCUGAAACUUUUAUUGUAGCCAAGUUAAGGUCAUAGAAAAUCUUGCGACGUGGUGAUCUAGUGUUUUUGUUAACGAAUCUCUCCCAAUUCUCAUUCGGUAGUUACGGUUGAAUAAUGAGAAGCUUACUGUUAAUUGAAAUGUAUUUUGAACACAUUUUAUCUUAUUGCUUAGUCUUAUGUCAGGUGUUUGGUUUGAAAAUAUCAGUAAGAAAACUAGGCUUAUUCAAACCAGUUAAUAUAACCUCAAGCUCUUUGAACGAUUCACGAUGACAUUGUAGAGGCGUACAGAAAAACUAGUGAUUUAGCAAAUAAUAGCAAACUUUUCUGAACAAGCUUUAACGUCGGAACUCAAACUAGGUGAGUUCUGCUUUGUUUGGAAAUAAAAAUUUGUGCUUUAAAUAAAUGAGGCAUAAAAUUUUCUGGUUAUUUCUCAUAAAAGUAAAUUUUCGGUUAUUUAAUAUGCCAAUCUGUUUAGAUUUAAUGAAAAACAUUGCCAACUGUUAUUUUUCAGAGCAUUUUACGCCAGGACGUUGCAUGGUUUGAUGAACAGUCAUCUGGAUCACUCAUCAGCAAACUAUCUCAUAACAUUGACAACAUUCAACUAGGGAUGGGUUCAACAUUGACCGAUUUCAUUAAAAACUUGUCUGGAUUCAUAGUAGGUAUUAUAAUUAACUUCGCAGUGGGGUGGAAACUUGCCUUGGUUGCUUGCGCUAUACUGCCCAUCAUCGGUGCAGUUUUUGGGUGCUUUGGGUUUCUGAUGAAAUACUUCACCCGUAAGGAAAUAGUUGCAUACGCACGCGCUGGUGCUGUUGCCGGCGAAGUCCUAGAAGCUAUACGCACCGUUGUUGCGUUCGGUGGAGAGAAAAGGGAGUUGAAAAGAUACCGUGAGCAACUGGGAACGGCAGAAAAAGCUGGGCUGAAGAAAGUAGUGGCAUCAGGUGCAGUUAAUGGGACAAUUGGACUGACUGUGUUUUGUUCUACUGCUCUACUAUUUUGGUAUGGCUUUAAAUUAAUAGUAAAUGAAGAUUAUGACGCUGGAGCUAUUGUGACGAUUUUCGUGAAUGUUCUUUUAGGAAGUGUUUUUCUGGGUAACGCUCUACCAAGUUUCCAAUAUUUUAUGAACGCACAGGCGUCAGCCACUGAAAUUUACAGUAUUAUCGAGCGUGUCCCGGAAAUUGACAAAGACUGUCACGGAAGGCUGAUUCAGAACUUUUCUGGGAACGUCACAUUCAGAAAUGUUUCUUUCGCAUACCCAAGUCGACCAGAUAUUGCAGUUUUAAAGAAUUUUAGUUUAAGCAUCAAAAGUGGGCAAACCGUGGCAUUGGUUGGACCGAGCGGUUCAGGGAAAAGUACCGUUGUUCAUAUGUUGCAAAGAUUUUAUGACCCAACGAAAGGCGAGGUAUGCAGUACUUUGAAGUAGCUUCAUUUUGAUAUGUUUUUACAGGUUUCAUUAGAAGAUGUGUCUAUGCAGUAUGUGUGCUUUCUAAACAAGGGUGGUUACUUCACACUCUAACAAUGAGUUUUAUAACUGAAAUGUCCCAUAAACUUGAAACAUGAUUCAUCUCAUUAAUACAUGUAAAUAGAGGAUGAAAGACUUAUCCAAGUGAUAAGUGCGUUUCCACUAAUAAAAAUGCUUAUCCACGGUAAUGAAAUUUCAUGAAUAUAUUCCUGAAGCGAUCUAAAUACAUAUUCUGUAAUAAAUUACUCAUCGAUAGUUGAAUUAGUUGGCCAUUUUCAUUGAACAACACACAUGUUUUCAGUUAGAUCGUCAUUAGGAUUUGCUGCAGUAUUUAGCAGUGCUUUUGUGUAUAUGUGAAAACCAAUAAGCCGACAAACGGAGUUUAUGAGUCAAUUAUAACAAUAAAGUAGACUACAUAGGCAAAAGUACGAAUUAAUGAUUAGCUGAUGGGUAUAUUAGUAAUAAUAAGAAUAGUGAUUUCGAUAGAAGUAUGAAUCAGCGUUUCAAUACUGGUUGUAGGUCAAAACGUAAAAGAAUAAGUUUUAAGAUUAAAGUCAACAAAACUAAAUAAUAAUAAUUGUUUAACUAAUCAGAUACUUGAAAAUAUAUGCGAAAGGGAGUAAAGAAAAACAAACAGAUAAUGGAUGUUAAAAGUUACAAAAUCGUUUGUGAAGUUCUAUUUGAUCAAGGAAGAGACAAACUUGACGUCUAGAGUUCUAGAUACUAGAGCUAUUUUUAAUUUCAACAACUGGAAGUUUUGCAAAUAUUAUUUUCUUUGUAAUUUCUUCCAUACACUGCUCCGACUACUGUGAAACCACUCUUUUGAAUCCGGGCAAAAUUUCUGACAAGAUUAUUUUAUUUUGUUUCGUUAUUUAAUUACCGUUAAUCUAAACAUGUUGUAUUAUAUUUGAUGUUUUAGGUAUUAAUCGAGGAUGAGGACAUCAAGAAUCUGGACCUGAAAGCUUAUCGUAAUCAGAUAGGCUGUGUACAGCAAGAACCGGUACUUUUCGAAGGAACUAUCAGUGAUAACAUAAGGUUAGGGAAGCUGGAUGCAACUCAAGAUGAGAUAGAAGAAGCUGCAAAGCUUGCCAACGCUCACGGUUUCAUUCAACAACUCCCAGAUGUAAGCCAUCUCAACAAUGUUGAAAUUUAGGCCAUUUACCAGAAGUAAUAUUAUCUACUCAACUAAAAUUUGAACUGUUAUCAUUUUAUGAAUUCAGGGAUACGACACUUUUGUGGGUGAAAGAGGUGGCGGAAUGUCAGGUGGUCAGAAGCAACGUAUAGCAAUCGCUCGAGCUCUUAUUAGAAAGCCGAAGUUGCUGCUGUUGGAUGAAGCAACGUCCUCACUUGACGCAAAAUCAGAACGUCUUGUCCAAAUGGCUUUGGAUAGAGCGAUUGAGGGGAGGACUGUGGUAGUUGUUGCUCAUCGUCUUACAACAGUUCGUAAUGCGAAUUUGAUAGUCGUGCUUGAUAAGGGAGUGGUUCGCGAAUCUGGGACACACGCUGAACUUGUAGCUGAAAACGGUCUUUAUGCUGCGAUGCUUAGUAAUCAGGUACGUUCAAAUUUCCCCAGACUAGUGUUGCUCAAAGCGUUUUGGCGUGUGCUUGAAUUAUUUUACGAUAGAUUAUCAUGAUAAACUGGUGGAUACCAAUAACGAAACGUCUUAUAUGUUUGUCUAAGAAGUGGCACUUUUUUAAAAUUUUACUUUAAAAAUUUCACUUUAUUGUUUGCAUUUUAAACUAAUAUGGCUAAAUUAUACUUGGAAUAGAGUGGUAUCUGUAAGCUGAUAUGUUUUUUUUGUAGGCGCAAAGUUUGUGUUGCACAGAAAGAUAAUCAACUAUUAAAUUAACUAAAACUACUAUGCAUUAGUUUUGAAUUGAAACACAACAGUAUCGUUUGCAAAACUUUGAUCUGGUUUAUAUUAGUGCCAUUAUUGUUACUCCGCAACUGUCAAUCUGCAACUGAAAGAAGUUUGAAGUAAAUACGUUCUUUAAAAUUGUGGUUAAGAAAUACCACCUUUGUUAAUAUUUACGAAGAGAGUAAUUACUUGUUGUGGGUUGUGUAAGUUGACCAUACUGAAUUAAGAGUUUACCAUAGGACUAGAUUAUUGUAUUUGACACUUUCACAAAUAAUUAAACAUCAAAUAUAUUUCAUUCAGAGAAUAUUGGAGAGUGCUGAGAACGAUGACAAUGAAUUAUUGGAUGAAGGAUCUCGAAAUAAAUAUAUCGUCAGUGGAAAAGACUUGUUGACGAAAUUAAACGAUAUUUGUAAAAUGGAUAAUGGUGAGGAUGUAAGUAACUUUGUUUUAAAAAUUAAUUUUAAUAUGCUUGUUCUGCCAUAAAAUGUUUCUCAGGAUUCACAUAUAAUUCAAACCGAUUUCUCGUUUUCAUUGAAAUUACAUUGAAACAUCAUUAGCGAAUAUACUUUAAGAUUGAUUUUCUCACAAAUUGCUUGAACUUAUGUAUAGUUUAAAGAUUCCGCUUACUAAACAGGAAGUGAUAGAUUGUUACAAAGUGUAGUUGUAAAUUCAAAUAUUCUUAUGAAAUAUGGGAUACUGUUUGUUUCUCCUCGAUCUGCGGCUGUUUGACCACGUACAUCCACAAUUUGACAUAAUAUUACAAACGUGUGUGUUUAAUGAUUGUGUAAUUUUUGUCAGUCUUUGGUGAAAAUGAUGUCAACCUAAUAUUUUCAAACACUGUAGUAAAACAUUGAGCAAACCUCUGAAUAACAGUGGUCUGUGGAAUAAUAGUUAUAAGUAAUCAAAAAUAACACAGUGUUCUUGAAUAACACGUUCAAAUGAUUUCACAUGUGCGUGUCAUUUAUUUCAUUUAUUUGUGUAGAGUGUAUCUGAAACCACUGGAAAUGUUCCAUACGGGAAUUUUUCCCUUAUUUCAACAAUUUCGAUUCUACGUAAUCAAAGAAAAAAUAUCAAGCUUUCUCCGACAUUAAGGGUUUUAAAACUUAAUAGACCUGAACUACAUCUGAUAGUUUUAGGAUGUAUUUGUUGUGUGAUUAGUGGGACCACUCAACCAGCUUUUGCGAUUCUGUAUACUGAAAUGUAUAGUGUAAGUACGCUUAUAAUUCACCGUUUGAUUAUUAUUUGUUCUGGUAAAACCAAAUGAUUAAUAAAUUUUUAUUCCAGCUCUAACUCAUUUCGGUUGUUAUUAGUUGUAAUGAUGGAAUAUGUGAUUGAUAUUUCAUAAAAGUGACAUCAUAAACCGUUUAUCUCAUAAUAAUCUAAUUUUAUAUACAUACGCAUUUCUGGCUUAAGGGACUGAUUAGGUUGUAGAAAUGGAUGAAUCUGAUGUUGUAUGAAUUAGUCAAUGAACAUAAUUGUUGAAUGAGAUUAAAUGUUCAAUGAGCUUUAUUUGAUAUUGUUUGUUUCAUACUGUGACGUCGCAUAUAUGUGUGCAUUCUCGACACAAUAAUUAGUCAAAAAAAAAUACCAGAAAGUUCAAAUUUGUUAUUCGUAUUUAAAGGUUGACGCAAACGAAUAAAUUAAAAAUGCCAUGGAAACUGGAAGUGGAUUGCUCAAAAUGGCGAAAUAAAUUUUAAAAGAUUUUAACUAUGUUUAUACCGACAAAUGCCGGUAAAGACACGUUUCCAGUUAGUAUUUGUUUGAGAAGAGAAGGGUCUUCAACACUAAUGUCAAGAGUGAAAACGUCUUUAUUGCAAGCUGAUAAUAACAAACUAAUUAUUCUUUCUGUUGAUAAGCAUCGAGCUGGAGAGUCUUAUGAACUUAUUAUUCCAAACGGAUUUUCUUUAACAUUCCACCAGUUGUUUCCGUUUUAACGGGACAGAAAAUGCAAUUUCAACCAAUUUUCUUCCUCAUGAAUAUGCAAAUAAAAUCAUUCAGCUUUGUAGAUUUUUAACUGAAGAAUCUAAUCAGGACGAUUUCUAGGAGAAUCGGUAAGUACUUAUUGAAAAAGGAUUAUAAUUUGGUUGCAUGAAAUGCAAUUAACGAAAUCGGUAGUAGGUGACACAUUAUUAUAGAAACAAAUGCAGUGAUUAAUAAAAUAAUAUUUGGAUCUAAAUUCUUCGUUAAAUCUUUCGAAAAUAUGACUCGACCUAAAGAAAUCAACAGAAAUCUCGUAUUGAAUUGUCAUAAAAUAUACGUUUUCGGAUAAAUGUGAUGUUCCUCGACUGUAGUAACUCAUUAAGACAUAAGAGUAACGCAUCUGGAUAUAACUGCUUACUGGGCGUAGAUGAAGGUGAUCUAAUGUAAACCUUAUGUAACAAGAAGCGGACAAUAUUCAUGGAAUGGAAGCACAGUUGCAGUACAAGUCAUUUUCAGAGUAAUUAAUAGUUGCGAUUAAUCUAGCAAAUACAAAUUUACCAAGAAAAAUGUACACUUUUUGCCAUACACAUAUAAUAUUGCUUUUCUGGAGAAUUGUCUACUAGUUGCAUUGUGUAACAGUAACACUUGUGAAAUUACCCAUUUUAGAUUUUUCCUUUGCGAUCUAAUCCAGAUCUGCUGUUUAGUCGACUCACUGUUGUAUGUGGGAUGAUGGUGGUGAUUGGAAUUCUACGUUUUGUAGCUAAUGUCAGUCAGAGUUUACUUUUUGGAAAAUCAGGCGGUAUAUUAGUUAGUCGCCUACGAUCAAAAGUUUUUGAGAGCAUGCUAAAUCAAGAAAUAGGAUGGUUUGAUAAACCGGAGAACCAAGCAGGAGCAUUAACUGCAAAACUGGCCAAUGAUGCUAUGAAAGUGACAAUGAUUUCAGGUUCACAAUUGGGUUUCAUCAUAGAAGCUGUAGCAUUGAUAGCUAUGUCUUUUGUGGUUUCGUUUAUCUACAGUUGGCAACUGACUCUCCUAAUAUUAGCCUUCUAUCCAUUUAUUGUCAUUGGAGGAUUUUUCCAGAUGCGAACACUUUCAGGAAGUAGUAAUAUUCGGAAUGCUAAUGAAGCAAUGAGAAUCGCUCAAGAGGUGACUGGCUCAAGCUACACAGUUACUGCAUUUACAUUAGAAGAUUACUUCUUUAAACGUUUUGAAUCUCAUGCAGUUGAAAAUCUGAAAAAUAACUUGAAAACGAUAUUUUUAAAUGCCAUUAUGUACGCUAUUGCAGAAAGUGUAUUAUUGUUCGCAGUAGCUGCUGCGUAUUCACUCGGUGCACACUUGGUUUCAACAAAAGCAAUAACGGUUUUAGCAGUGUUCAGGUAAAUUGUUUCAUCUUCAAUUCAGAUCAGUUACCUUUAUGGAUAUUAGAGUAUUGAAUGUAAUUAUUUCAUGUUUUGUUGAUUUUUACACUAUAAUUCAGCAGUGCACGAAGGAAGCCCAAAGUAUCCCACUAUUCAGUUAUCAAAUCAAUUAUCUUGUCAUUGUGAGUUUCAGCGAAAUCACGAAAGUAUGCUAUUCAUUCAACUGAAUGAAUGAAAAAUGAGACUUGAGAUAUGAGUUAUCCUAAUGCAUAACACUUGAUGAAUAUUGGUCCUUAUUCUAGUUUCUGAGACUACUUGCUCACUAAUUCACUGAAAUUUGUAUACAUGCUUAAAUACCAACUCUAACUCCAAACGUUGGUCCGCUUUUUUUUAGCCAAGUAUUCACUUUGCGAAAAGGAGUUAGAAGAUUAUGGGUUAUUCCUUUAAUAUCUGUGUACUUCAUGAUUCACAUUCAUUUAAAAUAAAGAAAAAUAACUGAGUAAGAGGCAUGAACUCCUUAACUUCAGUUUGUUGGUUGUUAAUCUACUUCGCUAAUGGUAUCCUGAAGCCAGGAAUAAGUUAACGCCCAAUUGAAAGGCAUUACAACAGAUUUAUUUAGGUUCAUUGCAGACUCAUUUUUAAAAGAGACCAAGUUCUCUCAAUUGUCUACGUGUACCAGAAUCCUCAUACUUAAGUCUGCGAUAUUAUUUUAUUACCUCAAAAUGUUUGAGAUCUGGUAGACUAGACCAGAGUACUAAUCCACUUAAAUUAUUAGACGUAUUAGAAACUUCAUCGACAAGGUAUUACAACUUCUACGAAUCACUCAACAGCGUUUAAGCUACUACUCAGCUAAAGAUUCGUUUAAUUAAUUUUCAAGCAACGAAAGUGACCCCAUUAUACCACUGAAGAGACGAAGAAAAUUCGUCUGAAAAUAUUUCUUUCCGACUAUACUAUUUACCGAAUUAUAUUUGUGGUUAUUUGCUGAUAAUCAAAAGAAAAAGAUCAGAUCACAACGUAUUUUUAAGUUUUCAGUAUGUCAGAAAGGUUGCAAAGUAAUGCAAAUGUUAAAGGAACAUCAUAAAUCACUAGUGAAUAGAAGUAGUUUUAAUGGAUAAGGGAAAUCCCACAUUUGAACACUUGUCCUUCUAAUGAAUCUUUGUUGUUCUGAUAUUUUCGAUUUGCAAGCUUCUAAACAUUGUUUGUAGUCUGUUGAUCUCAUUCUGAUUUGUUUGACGAUGGUAAUAAGAAGCCAAACACGGUUUGCGUUGAAAGAAUUCAUUUCAAGCAUUCGUUUAUCCAGGCGGACAUUCAGAUUAGAAAGCGGGAAAUUGAAGCAAAGCGGAGCGGAGAUACCGAGUGGGCCAACUUAUUUUAAUAAAGCGUGACUCGAUAUUUGUAGUCAGACAAAAAGUUACAGACACAUAAUGAAUAGGGUGAGCAAUUAACACAUAUGCGCUCGUAUGACAAUAGUCAAGAUUGAUAAGCGAAUAAUUAACAAUGUCCAAAUAUGACUUCAAAAGAGUGGAUAAGUCAGUCUGUAGCUAGAAUAACCCAUAUGGUUUUUACAUAGAACCAAACACCACACACUAUGAAAUAUCAUGCAUGUGAAUUGUGACAUUUUAAAGCCAGAACCAAAUAUGAUCAGGAAUUUUUUAGGUUUCUACAGUGUUUUUCUGUUAUGAAAUCAAAAUGAAUACUUUAUCGAAUAGUUACUCUUUAAAAAAAUGUUAGAAACAAAAUCUUUUGGAUGCAUCUUUUGUGAAAAAAUUAAAAUGAGUUAUAAUUACUAAAAUAGUCUACUAUGAAAUGAUAAACUGUUUAAUACAUAUGAUAAGAUUUAUAAACAAUAUGCUAAUAUUAUAUUGGACGGAUAUUAACAGGCCUAAAUUUCACAUGUGUGUGUAAAUCAAAGAACCGUCACUGGUAAUGAUUCUGAGUAAAUAUAUAGAAGAGUAUAUCAGAGGUUGCUUUUAGUUUGAAUGCUAAAAGCUCCAAUUAAGAGGUUUAAUCAUAAUAAUUUUCAUCAUGAUGUUUAAUUAUUGACCAGUACACUACCUACUGCGAUAAUAUCACUAGCAUUCAUGUAGUAUGUGUGGUUUACAGAAAACUACACUGAACUAAAUCUAAACAUCAAGUUGGAUAACCAAAUAUACAUAGCUUCAUUUAAAGAUAUUUUUGGAAAAUGUGACAUGAAUUUUAUUAACCUUAAGGUAACUUUUCAUUUCUCCAGGUUUAGAAUACCAUAGAAAAACGUUGAAAUUAUACUACGAUACAAGGAUGAAGUAUAAAUAGCAUCACUAAACAAUCAUUAGGGUGGUAUACAAAAAAAACUAACUGAAAUGUUUUGUAUUUUAUUUAUGAUCGCACACAAUUCCUGUUCUACUGCCUUACCACCCAAAAUCCUGGGUAGUGUUUUAAAAAUGUAUAUUUUAAUACCGUAAUCGGAUUAGAAUAUUCCAAUCACUUGGCAAUUACCUAAUUAUGGUAAAUAUCAGUGAAAAUGUGUCAUAGUUUUCAGACGUUUUCCUUGUUAAAUUCCAUAAAUAUUUUAUCAAGCAUUUGUCUCAGAAACUCGAUGCAAUCACUUUGAUUAUAUUAUAUUAUGACAUUUCAAUUAAAAGGGUUUUCGUAACUAUCCAUUUGAGUGCUCAAUCUCUUGGCCGUACAGCUACACUAGUUUUGGGUACUAAAGCAGCAGGUUCAGCUGCGAAAUGUAUUCUUGAAAUUCUAGACAGGAAACCUCUUAUUUCAACUAAUAUAGGGAGUGUACCACGUGAAAAAUUCAAAGGGAAAAUUUCGUUCAAGAACGUUGAUUUCAAAUAUUUUUCUCAAACUGAGAGACGGGUUCUUAAGAACUUUACACACACUAUUGAGCCUGGUCAAACAGUCGCAUUAGUUGGUCCUUCUGGGUGUGGAAAAUCAACACUACUUCAGUUAGUAUUGAGAUUCUACGAUCCAUCAUAUCACGGUCCCGAUAGUGGUGUGUUUUUCGAUGAUAUAAAUAUUAGGGAUAUUGCACCUAGUUGGGUUAGAAAACAGAUUGGUCUUGUUUCACAAGAACCCACUUUAUUCGAUCUCACGAUAAGAGAGAAUAUUGCGUAUGGAGACAAUAGUCGAGAAGUGACGAUGGAAGAGAUUAUUGAGGCAGCACGUGCAGCUAACAUCCAUGAUUUCAUUACAACACUUCCAGAACAAUAUGAAACCAAAGUUGGACAACGUGGAUCAAAGUUAUCUGGAGGACAGAAACAGAGGAUAGCCAUUGCACGAGCUUUAGUUCGUAAACCUGCUCUACUUCUGUUGGACGAAGCUACUUCAGCUUUGGACAAUGAGAGUGAGCGGAUAGUUCAAGAAGCCCUUGAUGCUGCUAUGGGGUCGAGAACAUCAUUAGUUGUUGCUCAUCGCUUGUCCACAGUCGUCAAUGCUGAUUUGGUAGUAGUUUUACGGGAUGAACGAAAGAUAGAGUCAGGACCUCCAGCAGCACUGCUCGCUAAGAAAGGAGCUUUCUAUGCUUUGCACCACAUGGAGAAUUAAAUCAUCUCAUCAAACUCAUUCAUCAUUACACAUCAUUUUGGUGUUGUUGAUUUUGAUAUAAAAUUAUUUCAAAUAAUUUAUUUCUUUUAAAACUGAUGCUUGGUAGGGAAUGGGGUAAAUUAAGUUUCGUGUGUUAGAUUAUUUUUAUAUAUUUCUUAAUUUUAAGCCGAAACUGCUGUUUACAUUAUGAUUUUAAUAAAAUCAAGAUUUUAGCAGUUUUUCCAAUCCUUUUGAGUACGUUUUGAAUUUUUAUAAUUUGAAUCACAGACCUUUCAUUGUCAGAUCAUUAUUUGAAAAUCCGGAAGAACUGGAUGGCCGUUUUGUCCUAAUAUGGGACUCUUCAUUAGUGCUCAUUAACAAUUCGGUCUCCGAGAUCUAAGUUCUGUUUACUAUUUAUAUUUGCAUAUACUUAUAAUAGACAAAUAUUAGAACGGCAUGGCUGUUCAAUACUUCCAGGUUUUCAACAAUUGUCUAAUAAAGGACAUUUUGCAAUUUAAACUCAUAUAUUUUUAAUUAUCAGGAGCAAUUUUAUGACAAAAAAUAAACAUUUAUCAGUUUAGUCUUAACACAGUAUAUCAAACUGUACAGGUGCUUUUGAAUAUACAAGUUGUGUACCAUGCAUUCUCUACAACCCUUACUUCAUAGUUAAUGUUAAACAUACCAAUGACAAAUAGAUUAUAGCUAUUAGAUAUUUAUAGAAUCUCUGGAGUUGAAGUUAAGUGCUUGUAACGUUUUGCUGGUCAGUGGGACCAAAGCCUCAGUGAGAUUAUCAAAACUAUCUGAAAUAAAUAAGGUCAGAAAUAAGUCUGAACUACACAUCUGUUGGGACACGCUCACUGUCGACUUCUGUUCAGGUUAUGAAUAGGAGGAAUUCAUUGUGAAUUAUUUUCAAAUAUUGAUGCAUAGUGUUUUUUGUCGGUGUUUGUAUGCUACACCUGUGAAAUUUCACUGAACAUUUGACGUCUUAGCUUAUAGUCAGGAUAGUACUCGACUUUCUUGUCAUAAUGAAACUACGCUUCCGACUUUGGUAAUUAUGUUGUGGUGUCUCAUUGUUUUUUACAGAUGGCAAAGAGAAGGUAAUAGCUUUGAUAACAUUCACAACAUAGGGACAUAAAUAAAAUCAGAAGUGUAAGCGGAAAUGUUUGCGACCCAAAUGUUUUUUCUAAGUAAAGUAUACCUUGCUUACCAACCAUAAACUUUUACAUCCUAACUUUAUUUUUAUGAUGGGUAAGUUAAUUUACAUCACAAAUCGUCUCUAAAGAUGGCCUGUUUUUGAAUUGUAUCUUAAAUGUCCAACGUAAAUGUAAGUUUUCCCAUGUAGGUGUUUUAUUGCUUUUAAAAACGUGAACCGACUUGUCUUACCUCAACAGAAUUACAAGAUGUAAUGAAAUCCAUAGGGUACAGCUACUGUUAUGGGGUAAAUUGAAUGAGUAUAUCGUAAAACUAGUGUGCUGAUGAAAUAAUUAUUUUAAAGCCUCAAACAAACAGAGAAAGCUGAACAGAAUUUUUAGUCAAUUUCUACUAACACACAAUCUCAUUUAUGUUGACUUACUACAAUUGUUUAUCAGCAACAAAUACCGACGCCCAAAAGUAUAAAUACUUACUCAUAAACAACUGUUUUCC